UUGAUUAUUUUGUUUGUGACUCAUUCUACACUCCCUCUUGGGUAUAAAGAAAUAAAUGCACUCGAAUGAUUUAGGGGACCAGCUGACUCCUCCUGUCACAUAAACGUGUGACGUGGCAGCAGCUAACGGAGCAUCAUGCAUAUCAAAUCAGAUGUUUUGAUAAUACUCGUCCACAACUAUCCUCUCAAUCCGUGCUGCUUGCUGUCACAUCCACUCAUGAGAGAUCACAUCCACAACAUCACAUCCAUCCCAAAAUUCAGUUUUUGUCAGGAUGGAGAAGAUAAUUGCAAUGCUUAUGCUUCUGAUCCUCACAUCAGGAACUGUGAUUGCUGGUUCGUCAGUAACUUUUGAAAGCCCAAAUUCAUGUGCUUUAAAGGGAUCAUCCGUGCAUCUCAGCUGCUCAUACAACUACCUAGAUGGGGAAACUGUUAAAAAGACUGCAUGGUACAAAGGGAAAUUAAUAAAUGGCACCUGGACACGUGUUAAACUCUCAGACCUUCCUUCAUAUCAAAAUCGUUUUAGAUAUCUUGGCGACCAGCAGCACAACUGUGACCUGGCAAUUGAUGACCUACAGGAAAAUGACACUGGCCAUUACUACUUCUGGUUUGAUACGCAGAUGUAUGCACGGCGGAGCAAAGAAUCAGUGCAUCUGUCGGUCACAGAGCUGAGUGCUAGAGUGUAUCCUGGCAGGGUGAGAGCAGGAGGCACUGUGACGCUUGAAUGUAGAACAUCCUGCCAACUUCCCAAAACAGUUUGGUUUAAAGAUGGGCGUCCAGUAGCCAAACCAGUGUUCCAGGCUCAAGCACGGGAUUCUGGGAAUUAUUUCUGUGCUGUCAAUGGACAGGAGUCAGUGCUAUCUGACUCUGUGGCUCUGGAUGUUCAGUAUGCCCCGUUGAAUGUAUCUGUUGAGAUGAGUUAUUCUGGUCACCUGACGGAGGGGAGCAGUGUGAAUCUGAGCUGCAGCAGUGCUGCUAACCCUGCAGCAGACAACUACACCUGGUACAGGGCUUCUGGUUCCGGUUUCAGCUCCCUGCUCCAGGUGGGUUCAGGACAGGUGCUGUCUCUCCCCUCUGUGGAGGCGUCCUACACUGGACUCUACCUCUGCCAGGCCAGGAACCCACUGGGGCAAAACAACUCGACUGAGUUGCUGCUUACAACGGGUGACACAGACAUUAACCGUGUCAUCACCUUUGUUGGUAUUGGAGUGAAAGUCUGUAUUGGCCUGUUACUUCCACUGGUGAUUAUCUGGGCAUGGAGGCUGAGACGUCGUUCUACUGUGAAUAAAGAGGAAAACAGCCGUGAUUAUGAAAACAUCAGCAUUGCCUAAAUGGGUAAAAAGCAAACAAACAGGUUUACUGAGAAGGGAAUGUCUGUUGUCUACCUCCACCUGAGCCUGAUGACAUUUCUUUAAACCAGAUACAUGAUCCGGCUAAAAAUGUCUGUGUUUUGUACUCUGCCUGGAGAGCAACACAGCUGCUGAGCACCAAGUUUUCUAACAUGAAAAUACACCUCUCAUUCCCUCCUGACUCCUGUCUGUGUAAAUGUCAAGUACUUCUCGUGAGACGACAGAAGGGAUUUGUAACUUUACUCAAUCCUUGCAAAUUUUAGGCAACAAUGCUUUCAUGAGAAAAUAGCUUAAUUUAAUCUUUAAUCUAUGAAAGUAUUGUUGCCUAACGUGAUUCACUGCUGUAGACUGUAUCCAGAAUCAUUGUGGUUGAAGCAGGAUAUGCUGCCACCUUGAGUUCCAAAUACUCAUGCAAAUGUUGUUCUUGUAUAUGAUUUGUUACUACCUUCAGUCCACCAAAUUAGAAAUAUUAUUUACAUAAUUAACCACAACUUUUAGGUUUUAAGGUUAGGUUUGAGGUUUGUUAAAGAUUUGAUCAUAUUUAGUGUUUGAAAGUGUAACAGAAAUAACCGUAACAGCAUUGCAUUUGGGGUCAAUGUAUUUUAAAGUUAGUUUUUUCAUCAGUAAACUGAUCAACACAUGCCACAUACACACAUAUGGCAGAACUUUGGUUAAUAUGGUAGUAAUUGCUGUUUAAUAAUCUUUUUGUGUACCUUCUGGUGAAAACUACUGACUCCUGUAAAGAAAUGUCACACCUGCAU